CUCUCUCUCUCUCUCUCUGCUGAUGUCACGCGCGGGGUCAAAGUUGGCCAGUAGCUAUGAUGCUUCAUAGACAAUUCAAACAUGGAGUCUAUCUUCCACGAAAAACAAGAGGGCUCUUUAUGUGCCCAGCACUGCCUGAACAACCUACUUCAGGGUGAAUACUUCACUCCAGUGGACUUGUCGUCGAUUGCACAGCAGCUGGAUGAAGAGGAACGGAUGAGGAUGGCUGAGGGGGGUGUGCUGAGUGAGGAGUACAGGACAUUUUUACAGCAACCAUCUGGAAACAUGGAUGACAGCGGGUUCUUUUCCAUUCAGGUGAUAAGUAAUGCUUUAGGAGUGUGGGGUUUGGAGCUGAUCCUGUUCAACAGCCGGGAGUACCAGCGACUAAUGAUAGAGCCGGUAAAUGAAAAAGCCUUUAUAUGUAACUACAAGGAACACUGGUUUACAGUACGAAAGCUGGGCCAGCAGUGGUUUAAUUUGAACUCGCUUUUAACGGGACCAGAACUAAUAUCAGAUACAUACCUGGCACUUUUCCUUGCACAGCUACAACAAGAAGGGUAUUCCAUCUUUGUGAUUCGAGGGAACUUGCCUGAAUGCGAGGCAGACCAGAUUUUGCGAAUCAUGAGAGUGGAGCAGCAGCACCGACCAAAACUCAUUGGAGAGGAUGAGGCCCAGACAAGUGCUGGUCAAAGACCCUCAGUACAGCAGGGUUUGGAAACUAGGCACGGUAUGGAAGAAGGAGUAAUAGAUGAAGAUGAGGAGGAGUUGAGGAAAGCUUUAGCUCUAAGCAGACAGGAUAUUGAAGUGGAGGAUGAAGAGGCUGACCUUCGCAGAGCCAUACAGCUCAGUAUGCAGGGAGCUUCAGGGAGCAGCACAAUUAUUGGUACUAAAGAACCCACACCUACCAUAAUUCCAAGCACCACAGAAAGUACUGCAGGUGGCGUGUCACAAAGCACUCCAAGUGAAAGCCUCACAGCAGAGGAGCUUCGCAGGAGAAGACAGGCCUAUUUUGACAGGCAGUCCCAACAACAGGCUCAGUCAGCCUCUUCACCAGACACAAAACUUACUGGGGGAGAACCGGACGCUGGGCAUAAACGCAGCCAGUGAAGACACAGUGACUAUGGGGAUCUAUAGCCAGAGCUCUACAGCAAGCAACUACUAGCUGCCCCGUCCACCUCAAGCAGCUUCCUCCCUCUUUAGACUGCCUCGGGUUUGAACGUCAGGAAGGACCAGAUGGCCAUUCAUCACUAAUGCACCACCCUAUAGAUCCACUCACAAGGCUCUUAAAUAGACAGAACUUAAAGAACAGACAUUUUCAUGGGAAGUAGUACCAUGAUCUACUGUUUAAAGCAGUGUUCUGAGCACUUCUACUUUACUUUGUAAAGUAAAGUCUGGAGGAAAAGGGAGGGCUCGGUAGCCCAGAUCAGUUUUUCUCGCUUAAGUCUGUUAUGGCCUUUUUACCACAGCGCCUUUAAAUAUGCUAAUAUAAUUUUCAUAAUAAUGAUCUGUUUGUAGUUCUUCAGAUUCAUGGUGGAAAAGGAGGUAUAGGAGUGGAACAAGUAUGCUUAUGCUGUGGUGAGUUAAUCCUUCUUAGAGAGAGGAUGUUUUCAUUAAUAUGUCACCCAGAAAAGAAUGAUAAGGAGCCUGAAACCCUUAUUUGUAGGGUGCAGAGGCUAUUAAGGACCACUAGAUGUCUGUGUUUAUUGGGCACACCAUACCCUGUCUUAUCUGUUUUUGCCAGGCAUAAUUUAAGAGGGACCGUGUCCUUGUCAGUCUGACUGGGUAAUGCGCUAGGGGGUGCUUUAAAGAGAUUGCUUGAGGAAACUCAAUACAACCUUUUUCUUGGUGAAGGUUUCACAGAUAAGGGUCCAGUAUGACCGCUUGAAUCUCAUUUUGGGGAAAAAUGAGCUGAAUGAAAAAUGUAUGUAUUGUUGAGUCUUAUUCUGCUCUGCACAGCUGAAGUUUAAUUUGACUGUCCUAAGACCACAAGGAUCACUUGUUAAAUGAGAGACCACAGCCGUGAGCAGUAUUUACACUGCAUGGAUUCCUUGCUCUCAGUAUAACCCAACAGCUACUGCUGUUUGAACUUCAACAAUGUUCCUUAAUCUUUCUGUGUGUAUAUGUGUGUGUGUUUUUUUUGUGAGUGUGUGUGUGUGUGUGUGCAUGUGUGUACACACCAUGCCCGCAUAGAUGACGCAUCUGUUAAAGGAUAACAUGCAUUGGUUGCUAGUAUGUACGCUGGUGUGCCAAAAGUCAUGGGACAUUAACUAGUAUCGUGUUCAAUAACUUGCCAUGUCUCAUGAAAGCACUGCAUUGCAUGGAUCUGUGGGCUAUUUCUGUGGAGACUUCUGCACUGAAUGUGGAUGUUUCUGCCAACAGUUGCUUUUCUGUUUACAUGGACAAUUCCUGCCAGAUGCCGCCAGUCAUGUUAAUUAUGUAAUGCCCUAUCUAUCUGACUCUGAUAUGAUAAUUCCUGCUGGCCAGUGUUCAGCCUGAUUUACAAUAUAACACCUCACAAUUCAUACUGGUGUGUGCAUUCUGAAGUCAUCCCCUGAGGUAACUGUUCAUGAUUUUUUUUUCCUCUCCCCAUACUGCUGUCCCAUGACUUUUGGCCUGUCAAUGUAAAGGCAUAUAAACAUUGACAGAGCAGCUAAAAUUAGACUGCUUCCUCACUACUUCCAAUGCAGUAAAGUAAUGGAGUUUUACGGAAAAUACAGGUACAUCUCACUGAAUUUAUUAGUGCUGCAAAUAAAUAGUUGAGGUUAAUGUCUGCAGCAGUGGUGCGGGUGAUGGUUUUUCAAGCAGUCUCAAAAGUUAUGAUGCCUAUUAAUAGGUAGCAAGACAAGAUGCUGUUAUAGAGAUUAAAUUAUACAUCUUUUCACCCCCUUUUUUAAUUCAUUCUUUUUCUUCCUUACAGAGACUUGAUUCAUUGUUAAAGCAGAUAGUGAGUGCCGAAAGCUUUUUCUUUUAGUACAUAAUCUUGCUCCCAGCCAUCUGCAGUAGAUUAAGUGAUCAUUAUGCUCGUGCACCAAUACCAACAAUUACCUUUGUAGCUACUGAUUUUUUACUUUCUGAAAUUAAAUGAUGUUUUUUCCCUGUUGAA